ACGGGUCGUGCUUAAAUCACUCGGCGGCUUGAUGGUGAUACUGACGGCGGCGAUUACACGCACAGCUGACGGCCCUUUAAACGCCAACGUUUGGUAUUUUAAAUCAGACCAACUGUCCGGCUCAAACACAUGGUCACCUGUGGAUUUAGUAGGUGUGCAUUUUCAAGUCCUGCAUGGCUCUAGCUAACGUCUCCUUUAUAAGAGCUGAAGGCACAACAUCAUGGGACGAAAGAAAAUACAGAUCUCCCGUAUUCUUGACCAGCGAAAUCGUCAGGUGACGUUCACCAAGCGCAAGUUCGGCCUGAUGAAGAAGGCCUACGAGCUGAGCGUGCUGUGCGACUGCGAGAUCGCCCUCAUCAUCUUCAACAGCACCAACCGCCUCUUCCAGUACGCCAGCACCGACAUGGACAAGGUGCUGCUCAAGUACACCGAGUACAGCGAGCCGCACGAGAGCAGGACCAACUCCGACAUCCUGGAGACUCUACGCAGGAAAGGGCUGGGCCUGGAAGCUUCUGAGGUCGAUCAUGAAGACAGUAUGCAGAUAGACCCAGAGAAGUACCUACCCAGUGAGGGCAUGGACCUCUCUGUCAGCCGGCAACGUUACUAUAAUCCCUCUCUGCACCCUGCGGAGGCUCCUGUCCUGGCUGGCUCUGAGAAUGGCUACGUCAGCGUUUCCAACCCCGGCCUGGGGGUGAACCGCCCGCCACCUUUCAAAACACUGAGCUCCAGGCCUGGCAACGCUGUCCCCACUGGACCCAACUCACAUGCCACGCUCAUGGGCUCGCAUGCAGGUAUUGGCUACUCGAUGUUCUCGCAUGGCAACCUGAGCAGAACACUGGAAAUGAAAACUCCGCCUCCCCUAAGUCUGGCCAGUGAGGGUCGACGUGUUGAGCCUCACCCAGGACAGGGUGGAACCCGUGGCAAUCUGACUAAUGCUAGAGCCCUGUAUCAGAGUGUGCACUCUGGUGGCCACAUGAUGGCCAUGGGAAAGCCGGGCUUACUGGCUCACACCCUAGGGAAUUAUGGAUCCUCAGAGUACUGCCAUCCUGGGUACACGAUGGGUUUUCAGCGUAGCUGGCAGCCUCUCACACACCAGGAGCAGCAGCAAACAGUGAUCACCCCAGGGAUCUCAUCAGGUGGAGGUUGCUCUUACCAAUGUCAAGGCUCCUCAGCCUCCACGCCACCUCAUUCUUCCCUCACCCUGAGUAUCAAAUCAGAGCGCACCUCACCUGACCACAUACGCUCCCCGGCCACGCCCCCUACUCGUCACACCGCACAUUCACCAAUGGGUGGCCCCGAAUUUACAAACAGGCCCCCUCCAGAACCGUAUGACGUUAUGGACAGGGAAGAUGUGCUGAGAGGGGGUUACACAGCUCCCCACAGCACGGCGAGAAGCUCUGGGGAAGAGAAGGGUGACCUGCCUCUGAAGCAGUUGGAGAUUAGUGACGGGUGGCCGAGAUAACUGGCAGUCCUGGCUGCGUGGCUUCUUACAGCUCUCCAUACACUAGCCCAACGGCAACCAGUUUGAUUCGUGUCUCUUAAAAGGGCCGAAGACCUUUUUGUUCACAGUGUCUCUCAGUUUGUGUGAGGAAACGUCAAAGCUGCAUUAAACCAGUUAUGUUGACAUAGUAAUGAUUUUCUUGUUUUAAAUUUGAGUUAAUAUUCAACAGUGUUUCCUGUUUGGAAAAGCUUCUUUUUCUGUAGCUUACCUUCAAACUUUCCUGCCUUCAGCCUUUGAACUUGAGUGCCCUGGACACUUUUAUUUGAUAUUCAGAUCUAAAAGACAAGAGCCACCUUCGUGGACGCAAUUAUCUACCAACCUCCUCACUGAAAUUCAACCCCAAGCUGGAAAUCACUGUAAAUGGCAAAGGUUGCCGCAUGGCAGUGUGUAAUAACGUACUUCUCCUUAUCUUACUCUCAGCAACACCACUUAAUCUUUCAGCAGUUCAGGAUUCCUGGUUCAUUUUGAAAACAACUGAUUUUCUAAAAAUGAGAAACUCUCUCAGGGACCCCACGCAGCUUUUUAACCAGUCUCUACUUCAGCUAUACGUGACACAGGCACCAUGAAGAUAUGCAACAAAGAGCUAUAGCACUAUUUUUUGUUGAUUUCGGAGCAUAGUUUUCUUGAAUUCUACCAAAAAAAAAAAAAAAAAAAAAAAAAAAAAAAUUGGCUUGUGCAAUGAGUUAAUAAUUGACAUUAUAGGCUGCAUUCUGCUCCUGUUAUCUAUUUUGAAUUCUAUUUUAUAUGUACAUAUAUUUUACAAAUGAACUUCAACUGCAUUUUGUAGCUGCUCUGUAACUAUGCACUGAUCUUUUUAUGUGUGUGGCGUUUUUUCUUGGAUUUUUUUGGAACUAUGAUAUAAGCGCACUGUUUUGUGGACUGUUUGCACAAAAGCUAUUAUUUGCAUACCAUUUCUGUCUUCUGUGCCAAUCGUUUAGCAUAUCUAACAUCUAUUUGUGUUUUCGGUCCAUUUGUCAUGUGGACGGAAUUUACGGCGCUCUUCUCGCCCGUGGAGGCUGACGGCACAUUCCCACUUUGUCCAGAAGAGGUCAGCAUAUGACACACUAUUGUCUGCUCCAAGCCCAUGGCACACUGCCACUGAUUCCUUGUGUGAACCAUUUCCAUUUUUGUAAAAGAUUAAAGUUUUGCUUAUUUAUU